CGUUUGGUAUCCUAGCAACAGUCCCUCCUCGAGACCUCGCCAUCAUAGCUGUUGGGCUCUGGGACACUCAUCCGUAGACAUGUUGGCCAACAUGUUGAACUCAGUCACCUCCCUUUCAGUGAGUAGAGACAGCCUGAUUCUGGACACAGACUAUGAUCAGGACAACUAUGAAGACCCAGAUCCUGGGCUGCUCUGCGAAAAGAAUGAGCUGUGUCUCAUCGAGUCAUCACAGGUCAUGCAGCUCUUUACCAACAGCCAAAAGUGGCGGACCAUGUCACUGCAAGCACGUGCCCGACUGCUGUGGCUGCAUUUACGAACAUACCUCUCCUUCAUCGUGGAAAAGGAGAAACUAGCAGAGAUGCGCGUCGCUCGAUUGACACAUGGUCUGGAGCCACUUCGCCGCCUGGAGGUGGCAGCUGGGCUGCUAUCGGUGGCACAGGACCCAGUGGGCGGACACUUCGUGGUGCUGGACGGUGCAAAUUACCUGCACCUGCAUACUAAAGAUGGCUGGGUGCAGAUGAAGCUUCAGGCCCCAGUGUCGCUUACUGGGCUGGUGGUUGUGUCGGGCCCUCUGGGAGAGGUGGGCCGCUUUGUAGGUUGGGGCCCCGCUGGACUGGCCAUACUAGGACCAGACUUCAGGUUACUAUGGCUGUGUCAGCCAGGGGUGGGCAGGGCACUAGGUCAGGAGCCCAUCUACUGCCUACCGGUGCCCAGUGUAGGGCUGCUAAUUGUGGCCCAAGUAGGAGGUGGCCUGGAGCUCUGGAAGUUCCGUUCAGGUGGCCGCCGCUUGGUGCCCAACGGCGUACCCUUGAAACCACCGCCAGGCCUACUGGGCAAACUCAAGCGUCUGGCUUUAGGGCCAGAACGUGCCCACCACGUCCCCAACUGCUUCGCUGCCUGUGGCUCCGCGGUGCUCACUUUCGACCUGAACUCCUGGGCUCUCGUAGAUGUGCGCCAGGAUCUGCAUAAAACCACAAUCUCGGAUCUGGCGUACUGCGAAGGGGUGGAGGCCAUGGUGACAGCUUCCAGAGACAGUACGGUGAAGGUGUGGGAGGCUGACUGGCAGAUCCGGAUGGUGUUUGUAGGUCACACAGGCCCGGUGACAGCUAUGACAGUGCUCCCAAAAAGCACGCUGGUGGUGUCCGCCUCGCAGGACGGGACGCUGCGCACAUGGGACUUGAAAACGGCGGCUCAGGUCGGCGAGGUGGCACUGAGCUACCUGUGCCGGGACCUGACAUUAAGGCGAGUAAGCCGUUUGUUGGCCCCUGCAGGCCCAGGCUGGCCGGUGCUCUCAUUGCGCUCUGAAAGCGUGGAGCUGUGGCGCGUGCGCGACCUCUACUCGCCUUUGGCACAGCUAUCCGCGCCAGUUAUCUGCCUACAGGUGGCGCCAGUCCUGCCUGCGCCCGCCGAGCCCUCUCUGCCAGCGCGCUUAAUUUGCGCUUGUGCGGAUGGGUCGGUCUACUUGCUGUCGGCUUCCACCGGGCUCAGAGUGAGUGCAUUGCUGCUGGGGCCCGAGGACUGCGCGGCUGCGGUGGCCUACUGCCUGCCACGCGAGACACUAUGGGUGCUGACGCGCUCUGGGCACCUAGUGCGUGCCAAUGCAGCACGCUGCCCCAUGGUGGUGCAGCACCGCCUGCCCCCAGCGCCGCCCCCAGCGCCGCAACCCUGUUGCCUGCACCUCUACAGCCACCUCACAGAUGCUCAUAGCGCAUUUGCCUGCUGGAAGAUUGUGUGUCAGCACGGGGGUAACCUGCGUCACAGUGUCAUUGCCUGGGCCUGGAAGAACAAAAAUAGAUACCUGCCUGUGAUGGGACACACAGACGGUACGCUUUCGGUGCUCGAUUGGCGCUCAUCAAGCACAGUAUUUCGUACAGAAGCACAUAGCCCAGGUCCAGUGACCGCCAUUGCGUCCACUUGGAACAGCAUUGUGUCUUCGGGUGGAGACUUGACAGUAAAGAUGUGGCGUGUCUUCCCCUAUGCUGAGGAGAGCCUGAGCCUGCUACGUACCUUUGCCUGUUGCCACCCAGUUGUGACGCUCUGUGUACUGGGCAGUAGCAUCACUGUAGGUUUUGAGGAUCCAGAGAGUGCCACCUACGCUCUUGUGCAGUUUGGCCUAGGGGACAAAAAGCGCUGUGACCACCGGCCACAGGAUGACCCUACAGACCACAUCACUGGCCUGUGCUGCUGCCCCACCCUCAAGCUAUAUGCCUGCUCCAGCCUGGACUGCACCAUCCGAAUCUGGACCUGGGAGAACCGCCUGCUUCGGCUCUUGCAGCUGGAUGGUCCUCCUCAGAACUUAUCCUUCUGUAGCAAUAGUGGAGACCUGGUGCUGACACUGGGCUCCCGCCUCUGCCUGGUGUCUCAUAGGCUUUACCUGCCCACAUCCUAUCUGGUUAAGAAGCUGUGUCAGAAGGCCCCUGAUAUAGUGGAUGACCCUCCGCUGCCACUGACCAGCCGGGAGCCACUGACAUCCAGUCAGCUGCAGAAACUUGCCAACUUAUGUGGAGCAGCCAGCCUCAGAAUGGCCUUGCCUGUCUUCCAACACCAGAGAGCACCAUUUCAGCAGCCGGUGUUGAAGGAGGACUUGGAAGACCUUGUGGUACGGGACCAAGACCUUCAGCAGUUGAGGCAAGGGCUGGUGGUCCCAACAGCCCAGCCCCCACCCUCCAGGAAGGUGCACCAGGAAGCCUUUGCCAAUUACCUACAUUUGAUCUAUGGCCCUGACCUGCUGGACAUACAGUCUAAACAUGAGUCCACGCAGUGGAGCAUCUUGACACCCACCAUGCAGAAAGAUCCCCAGGACUUGUGCACGCAUCCCAGAGGGCAGGCUACAUUCAGCAGCAAAGCUCAGACAGUACCCACAGUCCCAUCUCCUCAGGCCCCAGGGGACCCAGGCAGGCGCUUUGCCCGCCCUCCUCGAGUCAAGUUGCCCAUUCCACCCAUUCCCCGGAUGGUGCAUAGCAAAGCAUCCCAGCUUCUAUCACGUUCUUCCCUGAGCUGUGAAUUGGGCCUCAGUCUGGAUCUGCAGCUACAGGCAGAAGCGCUUGAAUGGAAGAGACCCAUGGUCCUGGACACAACAUCCACCAUCCUGCAGCAUAGGAUCCCACUGUUGCUGCCAAGACGGCCCAAAGAACCUCCCUCAAAAGUCAGUGGCUUCUUUCCUGCAACCGUGCAGUCCCACAAGUACAGCUCACAGCCCAUAAGCUUUCCAGGCUGUGUGCCCAACUCUGUGGUACUGCAACAGAUGUGGUUGUCCGAAGAGGUCGGUGGCCUCGGAUCCUUGGCCCAGAUCUCCCAGCAGAAACGUAAGCCAGGCCCAAGCCUGGAUGACCCAUGGCUGAAGCACCAUAGACAUUCUACUGCCGGGUGGCAAAAGAAGCUGAUCCAGUGGCUUUCUUGGAAGCCUGAAGAAGAGGAGGAAGAAGAGGAGGAGCAAGAGUAUGAGCUGGAUUGGUCAUCAUCUUCCCUGAACUCUGAAGAGCAGCUAGAGUCCGGGGAGCUAGAAUCCCUGACCUCUAUGGAGUUGGUCACCAAGCCCCACAGACCCCACAAGGCCCAUUCUGGAUCACAGCACCACUCUAGGAACUCGCUCACAGAACAGCGCUAUAAGCAUCUGCCCAAGUUCCUGCAUCAUUUUGUUGUCCAGAACUGGUUCAAAAAGCUGUUCCCCAUCUUCACUCUGGAGGCCUACCCAGAGAUGGGCACAGAAGAGGGCCUGGCCAUCAUGCUUAUGGACUUCUUGGAAAAGGUAACCUGGGCAGACCGAGUACACAUCCUACAAGGUCUGCUGAGGCUGUUGCCUGACCUGAGCACUGACCUCCGUAGCCAGCUGCAGGGAAAACUCUUAUACUUACUCAACCUAGAUGAGCCCCCCACCCUCCAGGACGAAACUCAGAAGCAGUUCGUUAUGCUGGCAAUGCAGCUGCUCCUGGCCUGCACCCUGGAGUCACGUGAUGUGGUGAUAGAGCUCAUGACCUACUUCCUCUACUCUCCAGCCAACUGCAGGUCAGAGCUCAAGAAGAUGCUGGAUGGGCUGGGCCUCCACGACCCUCAGGGCCUCUUGUUCAAGGAGAUGAUGACCUGGGUCCCUGGCCCUGACCUUGACUCCAAAGCCAUGGUGCGCUCAUACUGUUGCCAGAAGCUGGAUGACAUGAUCCAGGGACUGCAGGUGGAGGUCUUGGAGCAGUCUGAAGACAACUUGUCUGUGGAGGGUCCCAGGGAGACCCGUACCUUGAGCACCUCUGGGAUGCCUUCCAGAGUCUCCGAAGUGCCCGAGCAUGCUUCAGAGCUGCCCUUGCUAGGGGUGUUGCCUGAGGCUACCCACCCUGACGUAGCAGGCCCAGAACGCCAGGCCCUGGGCUCGCUGCAUCAUGUGCAACCCUGGCAGCCCAGACGAGCACUCUCCGACUCACUACAACCCUUUUGCUUAGUGCCUGAUGCCCCCUUGUCCUCAGGGCACAGGGCAGUACCUAGAGGGCGGCUGCCACUGGAGCUGACUACGUGGUCACGCUCAAAGAUGCUCGACCUGUACCACAUCAAUGUGCUCAACUUUUUCUGCCAGCGGAAGAGCACUCAGCAGCAGAGUGUGGUGGAGGAGGCGGAGUGUCCUUAUCCACCUCAAUUGCUGCCCCCAUCAGCAUCCACCACACUUCAGAAGCUGGUGCCCAACUUUGUGGUUCGGCCGCCAAAGAUUCGCCGGCUCUACCCCAUCCUCCGGCUGCAGGGAAAGAAGGCACAGAGCUCUAAGAUGAUACUAGGCCACAGGCUGUCCCGCCACCCGGGUGCACUUGAUGGCUCCCUCCGCGUGCUGAAGCUGCCCCUACCUCGGGUGGAGUUGCAGCCCUUUCCCCCGGGCUGGCCAGCUCCUCCACGUGCAAGGCCACCAUUCCUCCUGCAGCCUGGGCUGCAGCGCUACUUUCUGCCUCAAGAGGCAGAUCCAGACACCUACAACUGACCAGGCAGAUGGCUAAGGCCUGGUUUUCCUCCCCACCCACAUCUACUCCUUCCUUCCUCACAAACUGACUAAUCACUUUUGGCCUGUCUGAGACCCCAGCCUGCAUGUGGAAUAAACCCCAGAAGCUUUGAACAAAACGCUGGGGCUCUUCCCCUUUCCUCCAGGGCUUUAGGGAGCUUGGGUAGUGUAGCAGACAGCUUUAGGUUCUCUGAGAUGAACUUCUAGACCAGGAACAGUUAUGGAGGAAGCUUGCA